UUAUUUGAAUGGGAUAGUGAAGAAUGUUAGUUAUUCAGCACCUAUAUGGGCUACUUUAAUUGCUGGCUUAUUUGUAUUACUUACUCUUACACUCUCUAUUUAUCUCCUUUUCCAUCACCUUUCAGCUUACAAAAAUCCAGAGGAGGCCAAGAUAAAUAAUUAAAAGACUUGGUAGCUGUCAUGAGACAGCUAAGUGGUGGCUCUUUUGGUAGGAAAAGUGGCGAAGACAGUUAGAAGAGGGUAUUCAGAAAAAGGAAAGGGGGAAUUCUGGGAGAGUUCUAGCCUCUCGAAUGUCUAGAAAUAUUGUGAUAUGUUUAAUCGUGGUGCUAUGUAUUGUAUAACUGAAGUUCAUUCAUGUAUUAGGUUGUAAUUUAAGGUGUUAGCAGUGUCCAGAAUGGUUGUUUUCAGAUUUCUUGUUAUAAUAUCAGUGUAUCUAGUGUUAAACAUCAAUAUUUGGUACUCCCUCCGUUUCAUAAUAAGUGAAUUAUUGGAGUAUUUUUUAUGUUUCAAAAUAAGUGAAUGGUUCAUAAUUCAAGGUAAAUGUUGGAAAUUUUUUUCAAAUUUACCCUCCAUUAAAUGUGCAUUAGGAAUAUCAUAUGUCUUUGCUUUUUGAAGAGGGUAAAAAUGGAAAAACAUGAUAAAUUUAUGUCUUUGCUUUUUUUUCUUAAUAUGUGUGCCAAAAUUCAACAAUUAACUUAUUGUGAAACGGAGGGAGUAUUAUUUAUUCCUUUUAUUUACUGUUUCGUUAGAAAAGUCUAUCAAAAUAUCAUCUUACCAUAAUUAGAGACAAUUUAAAUUUAAAAUUUUCCUUUUUACUCUUAAUAAAAUGAUACAACAACAUAAAUAUUCGGGAUUGUUGUAGACCACAAGUUUUAAAUUCUUUCAUUUUUUUAAAACACCGUGUCAAGUCAAAGGGAGUCAUUUAAACUGGGACGGAGGGAGUACAUACAUUUCCUCAUAAAUUUAUACGUGUAUUAGUUAUGCCGUUUCGAAAUUGCAAAUUAAACACUGUAUUAAUUUCAUUAAAUAAAUAAUUUACCUCCUAACUAGCCACCAAACAUGGUAUUGCUUAUGCUGGAUUUAAUAGAUGCAUAACUCACCUUCGAACCAGCUACCAAAAUACUCCUAAGGGGUUGUUUAGUAGCUAGUUAAGCACUAAGUCAUCAUGUAUUUAAUCCCGCAUAAAUAAUACUAUGUUUGGUAGCAUUUUUUUGACAUGUAUAAAGUUCAAUACACUAAUAUGGUGUUUGGUAUGCAAUUUAGAAACCUGCAUAACUAAUACAUGUAUAAGUUAAAAUUUCUAGAAACCUGCAUAAUUAAUACAUGUAGGUAUAAGGAAAUUUAUGUAUUGUUUUAUGCAGGAUAAAAUAUGGAUAACUAACACAUGAAUAACUAAAUGUUGUAUAAAAUAAUAUGUAAAUUCACUCAUAACUAAUUUUUGAAUUACUAAUGCAUCACUCUAACUAGAUGUUAAACGUUCUCUACCGGUUAGUUGUUUGGUACACAUACUAAUUUACCGUGGAAUUAUAGUCUUGGGGUUAUUAUCGUGUACUAAUUUAUCCCACCUGUGAGAUAGGAUAAAAUAAUCUCAAUUUGGAUGGGAUAAAGUGGGAUAUCACAUGAUUAAGCCUAAGAUAAAAUUUAUAUUGCAUUUGGUUGAUGGGAUGGUAUAAAGUUUAUACUAGCACCCAAGGGUGUGGCCUAGUGGUCAAUGAAGUGGAUUGAGAGACCCACCUAGUGGUCAAUAAAGUGGAUUGAGAGCCUGAGUUCUCAAGUUCAAAUCCCAGCCGAGACAAAAAACACUAGGUAAUUCUUUCCAUCUAUCCUAGCCUUGGUGGACAGAGUUCCCGUGAAUUUUGUCGAGGUGCACAAAAGCUAGCCCGAACACCUUGGUUAUCGAAAAAAAAAAAAAUUAUACUGUCAACCAAAUGCAGUAUAAAUUUUAUGUACGACUUAAUCAUGGGAUAUCCCACCUUAUCCCGCGUACCAAAAUGACCGUAAGCUCCUGUUAUAUGUAGGAUCCUGGAAGGGCCGGACUAUAAGGGUCUAUUGUGCAUGGCCUGCAAAAGGUUACUUGCAUAGUUCGAAGCCGUGAUCUCCUAAUUAGAUAACAACAACUCAACCAGUUAUGCCAUGGUGCACUAUUGAGUUUCUAUAUAUGUUUAUAUGUAUCUUUUCUUUCUUUCUUUCUAAUGACAGGAACAAAAGUUUUUGAUUGGAGUGAUAUUGAUGGUGCCUUCUUAUGCUGUUGAAUCGUUUGUGUCAUUGGUAAAUCCAGCGAUUACUGUUCAGAUUGGGAUACUACGAGAUUGCUAUGAAUCCUUUGCCAUGUAUUGCUUUGGGAGGUACCUUGUUGCAUGUUUAGGUGGAGAAAAGAGGGCCAUACAAUUUAUGAAGAGGGAAGGGCUUGCAGCUUCAAAGAUGCCACUACUAGAACAUGGCUCUGAAAGGGGGAUUGUUAAGCAUCAUUUUCCCAUGAAUUAUAUUUUCAAGCCAUGGAAACUUGGUCAGUGGGUCUACCAAGUUAUCAAGUUUGGAAUUUUCCAAUAUAUGAUAAUCAAAGCAUUUACUGCUACUUUAGCAGUGAUUCUUGAAGGUUUUGGUGUAUAUUGUGAAGGAGACUUCAAAUGGAAUUGUGGGUAUCCAUAUAUGGCUGUGGUUUUAAAUUUCAGUCAAUCAUGGGCAUUGUAUUGCUUAGUUCAAUUUUAUACUAUUACAAGGGAUGAAUUAUAUCAUAUCAAGCCACUGUACAAGUUUCUAACUUUCAAGUCAAUUGUUUUCUUAACUUGGUGGCAAGGCCUGGCAAUAGCCCUGCUUUCUACACUUGGUUUCCUUAAAAGUCCAAUAGCGCAAGCUUUACAGGUUAAGUCCAGCGUUCAAGAUUUCAUCAUAUGCAUUGAGAUGGGCAUUGCUUCUGUGGUUCACCUUUAUGUCUUCCCUGCAAAGCCAUACGAAUUGAUGGGAGAGUGUUUUACUGGGGAUGUUUCAGUUCUUGGAGAUUAUGUAUCUGCUGACUUGUCAGUAGAUCCUGAUGAGGUUAGAGACAGUGAACGUCGCACCAAAUUACGUCUUCCUCAACCGGACAUUGAUGAUAGGGUCGGAACAGCCAUUAGAGAAAGUGUUAAAGAUGUUUUUAUUGGCGGUGGUGAAUAUAUAGUGAAUGACUUGAAAUUCACAGUAACCCAAGCAGUCGAACCUGUAGAGAAAGGAAUACAAAAAUUACAUAAAAUCUCUCAGAACAUAAAGAAGCACGACAAAGGGAGAAAAACAAAGGACGAUAGUAGUGCUGCCUCAUCAUCUCCAGCACCAAGAGUCAUACAUGGGAUAGAUGAUCCCCUUUUGAAUGGAAGUGUAAGUGAUAGUGGAACUUCUAGGAGGAAGAAGCACCACCGUAGAAAAUCUGAAUACGCCAGUGCAGAAAGUGGUGGAGAGAGUAGUAGUAGUGAGCAGAACUUUGGUGCUAUUCAAGUUCGCGGUCAAAGGUGGGUUACCAAGGAUUAGUCAAGAAUGAAGGGCCGUAAAGUAAAAUCCUAAAGAUCUGCACAUAUGCAUCUGCUGCUUUGGGAGCUUGCGGAGUUGUUUAAUUCCCCAGUUUAUUGUUCUUCUACUCCAAGGAGGUAGAAGUUUUGCUUCAGAGAAUUUCCGUUGGGCCUUCAUAUUUCCUUUUCUUACCCUCUUUUGAAAUGAAAGUGCCAUGUAUUAUGAAAGCACUUCUUGAUUGAUUAUACAUUGUCAUUGUUGUUGCACAAAAUGAGUUUUUGAAUGUUGUAUAGAUUUAUGUAUCCUCCUGGGUUAACUAUCCCUCUCUUAACAGGAUUUGUUCUGGGAUGGAGCCAAGUGGGGUUGAGGGGGUUCAUCCAAACUUCCCUUGGAAGAUACAAUACCAUUAAAAUUAUCUUUUAUGUAUGUGUAGUGGAUUUUGACCCCCUUUAGCUUUUUAGCUUCUUCAUGUGUGUACUUGUUCCUAUUUUAAAGUCUUUUAAUGAAAAUUUUGGCUCUACCAUAGUA